AUGGCUGAUGCUUCAAAAACUCAGAAGGACAAAAUAUUUUACGAGUGUUGCAGUCGCCAUGCAAUGGCUAGCGAAUUACUCAAAUGUGCUGAAUGUAAGAAAAAGUAUCACUUUGCUUGUGUGAAAACUUCGAACUGUCAAAAUUAUAAAGACUUAACUCCGGAGUUCCUAUCCUCUUGGCAGUGCCCUGCGUGUAAUCGCCCGCGUCCUGGUAUUGGCAACACUAAUACUCCUAUUCGUAUUCCGUCUAGUCUUUUCAUUGCAAGUGACAGUCUCGACGAUCUCAACAGGAAUGUCACCAAUAGAAAUAAACGAAAAAAAUCUCGAUUGUCAGACAGUGAUACCAUUACACCAUAUGAUUUAACAUUAGAGGAUGUUCGACAAGUCGUAAGAGAGGAACUCAAAGCUUUACUCGAUUUGUUUAAAUCGAAUAUAAUGUCUCAGGUUAGCCCUAAAUUAAAAGAAAUCUCUGAUCAAAUUACUCAAGUCACUAAUUCUAUAUCAUUUAUGGAACAGCAACACGAGGAGCUAAAGAAAGAAGUCCAACUCAAGAUUAAAAGCAUUAGUGUUUUGGAAACAGAAAAUAAAAUUUUACAAACAACUAUGAAAGAUCUGAACGCAAGAUUAUCUCAAUUGGAGCAGCAUUCACGUGCAAAUAAUAUUGAAAUACAAUGCCUUCCAGAACGCAAAAACGAAUAUUUACUAUCGGUAGUUAAUCGGAUAGCGAAUGCUACUAAAUGCAACCUUAAGGAAUCUGAUGUACGCUUCUGCACUAGAACUUCAAAAUUACAAAAAGAUAGUAAUAGACCUAGAUCUGUAAUAGUCAGCUUCAGUAGUCCUAGAGUACGUGAUGAAUUUUUAGCGGCGACGAUUAAUUUUAAUAAAAAGGCUCAACAUGUCGGAGACAAAUUAAAUACUAGCCAUGCUGGAGUGAGCGGUGAUAUUAAACCAAUUUACGUAGCUGAACACUUAUCGCCAACUCAAAAAGCUGCACGUCUGAAGGCAAAAGAACUGAAUUAUAGAUUUGUAUGGGUUAAACGUGGUAUGAUAUACAUGCGUAAAAGUGAAUCCACUGAAUACAAGUUUAUUAGGAAUAUGGACACUUUAAAUAGUAUUAAAUAG